AUGAACAUAACAGAAUCCAACAAGAAAGAGCUAAACAAACUGAAUGUAUUUGAAGCAUGUAAUGGCGAUUAUCAUGAGCUGCGACGUAUAAAUCGAAGAUACAUUCUACAGAAUGAUAAUUCACAUAAACUUAUUCACAAAAGAAAGGGCCUAGAGCUAGUAAUUGACAAAGAUGCGAAUGACUUGGAUAAAGUGUUCUGGGCGAAAGGAAGAACCAUCCCUCCGGAUGAGAUUUUAGAUAUGAUGAAACCCGGCAAGUUGAAGAUACCAUUUACUGACCCUAAAGACUCCAGUGGAGCGAAGUUACUACCGUCGUCGGAGUUGUUGAAAUCCAUUCACUACUUUGUAUCUAAGAAGUAUACAAGAGAUUUGAACACAAGGUCAGAAAUACUCAAGUAUGUAGAGUUUAUGGAUGAAACAGCGUUACUUGGCAUGGGCAUGAUGCUUGAAAGCUGGGUUGACGAACUUGUCACAGAGGACACCAGCAGAAUGUUUCUACAGAAACUUGAAGACUCUCCAGAUAGUGAGAGCUCAAAACCUGAGGUUGAAGUUGUAAUCUCAGAGGAAUCUUUCAGUGAAUCAGAGCCUGAAUCAGAACAAAAAGAAUGA